AACUAGACCUUGUUCACACACAUAUACUCUGUUUUCCUCUGUUUCUCUACACGAAGAAGAAGUCUUUUUAUUUCACAAAAGUUUCUGUGAUGGCUAAUGUUGUGGAGCUAAAAGUGAAUUUGCAUUGUGAUGAAUGCAUCAGGAAAAUACUUAAAGCCAUCAAGAAAAUUGAAGAUAUAGAAGCAUACGAUGUGGACACACAGCUCAACAAAGUGACAGUCACAGGGAAUGUAACAGAGGAACAAGUGAUUAGGGUUCUUCAAAAGGUGAGGAAAGCUGCUGUUAAAUGGGACCAAGACAAUCAAACCCUCUUUACCAACUAGAGUCUUUUUGCUUUCCUCUUGAUCUAUAUGUUCUCCUUAGCAAUAGUUAGGUCUAUAUGUAUGUCUGCUCAACUGACCUUAUGCAUCAGUUGCAGAAUACACGAGGAUUUUGUAUACACGACAAUAAAAUGCGAUAUAGAUUCUGGAAAUAGAGAUCAAUAUAAUCCACAAAUUUAUUCAACAAAAAAU